AUGGAGAGUAUCAGCGCCUGCAGUUUCAACGCCCACCAGCAGCUCUGCUCCUUCAUGUCGCUCCCUGCAGACGACGAGAUGGCACAACUGAUCCUUGAGGAGCUGUCGUUCUCCAGACGUGCGUUCGUGGGCGUUGCGGCAGCGAUAGCGAACUCGCCAUCGAGCGAGUCGGCGUCUGGACUGAACUCGAUCUGUGAAGACGGGGAAGAGGAGGAGGACGACGACUAG